AUGGCCGAUCAACUGAAACCGUACAAGAUUUCCGUACCGGAUGAAAAUCUCCAAGACCUUCAGCAGCGCCUAGCACUUUCCAAAUUCGCAACCCAGCUGGAGUCCUCGGAACAAGAUCCUUGGGAUUUUGGAACUCCAGUGGAAGAAGUACAGCGACUCAUAAAGUAUUGGAAGAAUGGAUUUGACUGGCGAAUGGCAGAAGCCAAGUUGAAUGAACUGCCCCAAUAUCAAACGCAGAUCGAGGUAGAUGGAUUUGGCAGUUUGGAUAUCCACUAUGUCCACCAAAUCAAUACCAACAAGAACGCAAUCCCGCUGCUUUUUAGCCAUGGAUGGCCAGGAUCGUUCAUUGAAGUCACAAAACUGUUACCAAUGCUGAAAGGCGGCGCCGAUAGUCCCGCAUUCCACGUUGUGGCUCCAUCGCUGCCCAAUUUCGGCUUCUCUUCCGGAGUAACCCGUCGUGGGUUUGGCCUUGUACAGUAUGCCGAAGUCCUGCACAAGCUUAUGAUCAAGCUCGGCUAUGAUCAGUAUGUAACUCAGGGCGGAGAUUGGGGAUUCUGGAUCACUAGAACUAUCGGUCUUCUAUACCCCGAGCACUGCCAAGCCUCUCAUAUCAACAUGGUGCUGGCUAAUCCCCCUCGAUUCACCGAUAACCCAUGGGCAGCUCUACAACACGCAUUGCUGCCGUACAAUGACCGGGAAAAAGCAGGCCGCGAAAGGAGUGAAUGGUUCGAACGAGAAGGCUACGGUUACAACCAACUUCAAAGUACCAGGCCGCAGACCAUCAGUGCAGCACUAGAAGAUAGCCCUGUUGCCUUGUUAGCCUGGAUUUACGAGAAACUGCAUGACUGGACAGACUGGUAUCCCUGGACCGACGAUGAAAUCUUAACCUGGAUAUCUAUCUACUGGUUUUCUGCAGCUGGGCCCGCGGCUAGUGUCCGCAUAUACUAUGAGGCUUUCCACGUCGAGACAGUCAAGGGAAAGUCCUACAAGGACUUGAUUGCACACGUCCCGCGUGUGAAGCUGGGAAUUGCGCACCUCCCUCGUGAAAUAUCUGUUAUUCCUUGCUCUUGGGCUGCUGGUUUGGGUCCGGUUGUUCAACAGAACGAGCAUCCCCGUGGAGGCCACUUUGCCGCUUGGGAGGUUCCUGAUUCGAUCCUCCAGGACUUGCGGGCCAUGUUUAACAAGGAUGGUCCUUGCUACGGGGUUAUUUCAGGCAAAAACGGAUACUAA